AUGGCACGACACACAAAAUAUACGAAGCUCUCCUGCUACUACGAACAGAAAAAACAACAAACAACAACACACCACUGGCAAGAUGGAGACAUCGCCUUCCUUAAAGGGGUAGAUGAAUUCUCAAUAGAAGAAUACGACGCAUUAAUAGAAAGCGGAUACCUACACACGAAAGCAACAAAGCACCCAGUUAUCAUUCUAGAGCACUCGAAUGAUUACAAAUACUUCCUUAUCACCACCGUCUCAGCUUAUAGCUCUAGCUGGGAAAACAAUUAUCUUCCACCAUGGAAGCAAUUUAACCACAAGUGCAAGCGUCGUGAAUUCUUCCGCGCAUUUGCUGGUUCGGAGAAACCUUUCUACGACCAGCAACACCUCCAGCUCGCCGACGGAGGGCGUUUCCCAAAGCCGGAGACAUCUUGGGUAUACAUCCCCGGAACGUUUGUUGUCCCCUCGUCGACACUUAAGGAGUUCGACAAGACCCCCAGACGACUGCGGAUGACACAGGAGAGCCUGAAAGGUCUCCUUUACGACAUGGCGAAAUGUACACGCUUCGCUACGCGCUGGACGAACCCUGCUGUUGUUCGAAUGCUUAAGCCCAAAGAGUCGAAGAUGCAAAAUUGUUGGCAAAACUACAACAGAUGGGGCAUUUACCAAUAAAAUUCAGACCCUAUUCUACGCUACGAC